AUGGAUAAUAUUAAUCUGGAAAUUGAUGAUCUCAUCAAUCAUACAAAUUCUCUUAGUUGGUCUGAUUCCCCCCCUCUGUUAUCUUCUCCUUCCCCAAAUCCUUCAAAUCUUCCCUCCCUCACUUUAAUGGGUAAGGUUAUUUCUCUUAUUCCCAUUUCUAAAGUUAUCAUCAAGAAUAAUAUCUCCCUAGCCUGGAAGUUUUUGAUAUCUCUAACCACUGAAGACCGUGAAGAUGAUCUGAUGGUGUUCACCUUUGAUAACCUGGAAGACUUGAUGAGAGUGUUGGAAAACUCUCCUUGGAAUAUUAAAGGUUCGCCAUUGUUUCUUAAGAAAUGGUCUUUGUCUGAAUCCAUUAAGGACAUAGAUUUUUCUACUGGAGCCUUCUGGGUGCAAGUUCAUGAUUUGCCUUUGGAAAUGAUUACUCCAGAAAAUGCUUUCAGCAUUGGUUCCAGCUUGGGUGAGCUCUUGGAGGUUGAUAAUGCUGAAAAUAAUAAACCUUCACGUAAAAGUUUUUUGAGGUUUCGAGUUCUAAUCAAGCUUCAUCAUCCUUUGACUCCGGGAUUCACUCACCAUUAUCCCCCAAAAGCUCCUACGUGGGUUCAAUAUAAGUAUGAACGUCUCUCAGAAUAUUGCUAUUUUUGUGGUAGGUUAGGGCAUCUCUCUUAUGCUUGUCCAGUGGCUGAUCGUCCCCCUGCUCAUGGGAGAUAUGGGGUUAUUUUGAAGGCUAGUCCUUUGAAGUUUACUUGGGUGGUUAAUCUUAUUCCUGCUCAUAAACCUCUAGCUCGCAUGAUUGAACCAGUGGUGGAAGUUCCCCUUGCAGUUUCAAAUUCGGCUUCUACUGAGUCAAACCAGCCAAGUUAA